AUGGGAAACCAUACACACCCCAUGGAAUUCAUCCUGAUUGGAUUCUCAGUGAUGAAGGAAUUGCGGAAUGUUCUAUUUGUACCAUGCCUAGUACUCUACUUGUUAAUGAUAGCUGGGAAUGCUACUAUUGUCAUUUUGAUCUGUUCAGAUUCCCGGCUUCAUACCCCCAUGUACUUUUUCCUUUGUAAUUUUUCUGUGGUUGAGAUGCUGGUCACAUCCACAGUAGUCCCCAGAAUGCUGACAGAUCUGAUAGUUGAGAAGAACACUAUCUCCUUUGGAGGGUGCCUGGCCCAAUUUUAUUUCUUUUUUUCCCUGGGGACCACAGCAUUCCUUCUACUGGCCGUUAUGUCAAUAGACCGUUAUGUGGCCAUCUGCCAUCCCCUGCGCUACUCCACCAUCCUGAGCAACAAUGUCUGCAUUCAGUUUGUAUUUGCAUCAUGGGUGACUUCCUUCUUUUCGAUGUUUCCACCAACAGUUUUCAGGGCUAGGUUGUUAUUUUGCAGCUCUAAUAGGAUUGACCAUUUCUUCUGUGACAAUGCACCUUUGCUCCAACUCUCCUGUUCAGACACUCAUUUCAUCGAGCUCUGGGAUUUCCUUCUCGCAAUUCUGUUUAUCUUGAGCUCUUUUAUGGUGACAGUAGCAUCCUACAUUGCAAUAAUCUCCACCAUCCUGAGGAUCCCUUCUGCUACUGGCCGUCAGAAGGCCUUCUCCACCUGUGCCUCACACUUUGUUGUGGUGGUCAUUGGCUAUGGCACCACCAUCUUCACCUAUGUGAGGCCCAGCAAAAGCUACUCUACAGACAUGAACAAAUUGGUGUCUUUGUUGACAUCUAUCAUUACCCCAUUUCUGAAUCCAUUCAUUUUUACACUGAGGAAUGAGAAAGUCAAGGAGGUCUUUAGAGACAGGUUGGAGUACCUAAGAGCAGUGUUCUCUCUAACAGGUAUUCCCAGAUGUUGUUGACUACAAC